AAGUGUAAUAAGAAGAAACAGAGAGAGAGAAGAGAGAUAAGAUAAGAUUAGUUUAAUUAAUCUCUUAAAUUAUACCAAAAUAAAAUAAAACUUUCUCUCAUCAUCCAAUCCAAUAAAGUCUUCUAAUACAAUUCUCAUUCUGAGUUCUUGUUCUUGUUCAAGAUUUUUUUUGACUUGUCUGUGUUCCAGAUUUCAGAAAAUGGAAUCGAUUUCGAGCUUCUUCUGGGUUAGAAGCUUGGAUCCAAUCUGAAGACAGAGCAAAGUUUUCUUGAUUCUUGAGAAAGAUGUAUGAAGGUCGACCUCGUGAUUCUUGUCUAGUUUCAACUCUUUUAACCAUGCCAAGCCAUAAAGAAACGCAAUGGAGCUUUUUGGUUUCUGGGAAACGAUCUUUUCUCAGCAACGAUGAGAACGACCUUCACCUCAAGAAGAUGUACAAGCUCACUGACUCAAGCCAAGGAGACGAUGAUGGAUCUUCUUCAGAUUCGGGAACGGGAACGCUUAUCCCUGGGAUGAACAAAGACGAUUCGCUAAGCUGUUUGAUUCGUUGCUCUAGAGCUGAUUACUGCUCCAUUGCUUCUGUGAACCGUAGCUUACGUUCUCUGAUUCGAAGCGGAGAGAUUUACAGACUCAGGAGGCUGCAAGGGACGCUUGAGCAUUGGGUUUACUUCUCGUGCCAUCUCAAUGAAUGGGAAGCUUUUGAUCCGAGGUCGAAACGGUGGAUGCAUUUGCCGAGUAUGCCGCAGAACGAGUGUUUCAGGUACGCAGAUAAAGAGUCUUUGGCUGUCGGAACUGAUUUGCUUGUGUUUGGUUGGGAAGUGAGUUCUUAUGUAAUCUAUAGAUACAGUCUUUUGACAAACUCUUGGUCUACUGGGAAGAGUAUGAACAUGCCUAGAUGUUUGUUUGGCUCUGCUAGUUACGGGGAGAUCGCGGUUUUAGCCGGUGGUUGUGACUCGAGCGGUAGGAUUCUUGAUACUGCUGAGAUGUAUAACUAUGAGGAUCAGACUUGGUCGGUGUUACCGGGGAUGAACAAGCGUAGGAAGAUGUGUUCUGGUGUGUUUAUGGAUGGGAAGUUUUACGUCAUUGGUGGGAUUGGUGUUGGGGAAGCUAAUGAGCCAAAGGUUUUGACUUGUGGGGAGGAGUUUGAUUUGAAGACUAGGAAAUGGACUGAGAUACCUGAGAUGUCUCCACCUCGGUCUAACCAAGGGAACGGUUUGUCAGCAGCUGCGAUGGCUCCACCGCUUGUAGCGGUUGUGAAUGAUCAGCUUUACGCGGCUGACCAUGCUGGUAUGGCUGUUAGGAGGUAUGAUAAGGUGAACCGGGUUUGGAAUCAAGUUGGGAACUUGCCUGAGCAAGCGGGUUCGAUGAACGGUUGGGGUUUAGCGUUUAGGGCUUGUGGGGAUCAAGUUAUAGUGAUUGGUGGACCAAAGGCUCCAGGUGAAGGAUUCAUUGAGCUUAACUCAUGGGUGCCAAGUAAUGCAACACCUGAGUGGCAUUUACUCGGCAAGAAACAAUCAGUUAACUUCGUUUAUAACUGCACCGUAAUGAGCUGUUGAGGAAGUGUAAUAAAACCCGAUGUAACGCACCAGGGGGAGAUGUAGCCAGAACGUCUUUAACAGGGUAUAAAAAAACACACAGGACUUUAUUAGUCUAACAAUCUACAAAACUCCAGGAAACUAUUGUUCUGUUACUUGUUGUAAUUGUGUAGUUUUCAAGUUUCCUCUUGAAUCCUAUCUUUUGAUCUUACACUUCAAUGGAUCUUUCUAUUUACUAUAAUGAUCAUAAUCUACUCAAUUACAGCUCAGAGUGUUUCUUUAA